UUUCUCUAUCUAUAUUUAUAAUAUCACCAGUAGACGGUGAACAAAAAGAUAAGAUGCCACACUAAGAAAGCAAUCCAAUCAGGAACAAGGUAGCUAGGGACAUGCGGACUAACUGCUCUGACAUUCCUGUUUUUUGAAACAAAUCUUUGGACCUUCUGAAACAGAUGGGAAGAGUUUGAUUUUAAUUUCAUUGGGGUUCCUUUCUCUAUGGUCAAGCUCUCCUUAGCACAAGCACUAAGCGAUAAUAAUUCCUUUAUAUUUUUUGCUUUCACCGUAGUUUAUUUUUUGGAUGAUCAUCCUUCAAGAAUGAACAAUAGAAGAUGUUUGCAACUUUAAUCACUUCAGAGAUGUAUCAACAUCAUCAUCAAAUACAUUUUUCAGAUGCAGGAUAUAUAUGAAAGAAGAGAUUGGCAAAUAAAAGAAAAAAGUUGUGAAAAGAUUCUGGAAGCUGGUAGGAAGGACAAAGAUAAACAACAAUAGAUAAUUAAUUCAAAUUGAAAGAUAAAAUUAAUGUAAGCUGAAAAGUGUCAUAUAUGUGUGGCUUCCAACAUAUUAUAUGGUGAUACUUUUGAGAAAUUAGAGAACCUCAUCCUCAUUCUGCUGAAAAACAUCAUUAGAACAUGCAAAAUAUAACUAUCCCUCUAAUCUCUAGCAGUUUAGGGAUUAAAACCAGCAAGAUAUUAAGAUAUGAUGGUAUUGGUGCAGACGGUACCUGGCUGUGACAUGGCUGGCAUAGUGGUAGGAAAAGGUGGUGCUGUUACCAAGUUUGAUAUAGGUGAUGAGGUUUAUGGCAACAUUCAAGAUUUCAAUGCAGAAGGAAAAUUAAAGCAGCUUGGAACUCUGUCAGAGUUCAUAGUCGUGGAAGAGAGUUUGGUUGCAACAAAACCAAACAAUAUUUCAUUUGAGGAAGCUGCCAGCCUGCCUUUAGCAGUUCAAACUGCUGUAGAAGGAUUCAAAACUGCAGGUUUUAAAGAAGGGAAAACAGUUUUUGUAGUUGGUGGAGCAGGUGGUGUUGGAACUUUGGUUGUUCAACUGGCCAAGAACAUGUAUGGAGCUUCUCAUGUUGUUGCUACAUGUAGUACCCCAAAGGUGGAAUUCGUCAAAAGCUUGGGUGCUGAUGAAGUUGUUGACUACACAAAGACUAGAUACGAAGACAUUGAGGAGAAAUAUGAUUUUCUCUAUGAUACAAUUGGUGACUGCAAGAAUUCUUUUGUGGUAGCUAAGGAUGAGGCCCUGAUCGUUGACAUAACAUGGCCUCCAUCUCAUCCAAGAGCUGUUUAUUCAAGCUUGACAGUGUCUGGUGAUGACUUAGAGAAGCUCAGGCCAUAUUUGGAGAGCGGAAAGCUUAAGGCUUUGAUCGAUCCGACCGGUCCGUAUACUUUCGGAGAUGUAAUUGAAGCUUUUCGGUAUCUAGAAACUGGAAGAGCAAAAGGAAAAGUUGUCAUCUUUCCCUUCCCUUCACAUCAUCUUCCUUCUUGUGUUCCAUCCGAGAGCAAGAACAAGAUAACAUCUGAAAUGUUUUCUCAGAAACUCUCUGCACUGAGUCCUGCACUGAAUGCUGUUGAAUAAGACUUGUGAAUUUUAGCAUGUCAUAACAUGUUUUAAACCAGGUCACUUGUUUGACCAAUAUCCUAUCAUUUGUAUUGAUUUCUACAUUGUUCUAUGUCUUUUUGAGUCUGUUGUUGGGGAAUCCACCGCUUUUUCGGUUCCUUCACUCUUUCUUCCUUUUCGAUCGAUCAUCCCUUGUAACCAUUUUCCCGUAUUCAAUUAAAAAAAAAAAAAAAAACCAGCUAUUCUUCUUGUAAGCUGUAUUUCAGAUGAUUUUAUGAUAUGAUAAAUGAGAAAGUUUGGUGAUGCACUCACUAUACGUGUUGAAAAGCUGAGGGCUGAGGGUCAUUUUAGGCAGUAACUUACUUGGACUAGAUAUUGUAUUGAUUCAUCAUUUUAAUCCCAUUCAGCUUUAUUAUACCUCUG